AUGGCAGCUCAAACAGCCAGAUACUACCUCGAACGGUCUCUUGUCGAGCUUGAAGACCUUCGUGAACAAGCUCUUUUUGACAAAAACGAGCUCAGCAUCAUUAUGCGCCGCCGCACAGACUUUGAACACCGAAUUGCGUCGCGUGCCACCAAGCCCAAGGACUUUCUCCGCUACGCAGAAUAUGAAAUUAACGUGGAAAAACUGCGUCUUAAACGUGUUGCUCGUCUUGGAAAAGAAGCAUCCGAAGAAGAUCAAAACGAUAUCGAAGCAGAAGCUGCCGCUCAAGAAACUGGUACCAUCAGAGAUAAAAAACUCGGCAGAGGAAUCUCCUCAUACGCAGGCCCACGACGCAUCUUCUUCAUUUUUGACAGAGCAACUAAAAAAUAUCCUGCAGAAAUAGCUCUCCUUUGGAUCCCUUACCUUCGCUUCGCCAAAUCUCAAGGUGCUAUCUUUGUCCAGGCUAAAAUUUAUUCCCGUCUCUUACAACUUCACCCAACCUCUCCAGCCGUUUGGAUCAUGGCUGCAAAACACGAGCUCGACUCUCACAAUGCUAUCCGCUCUGCUCGCAGCAUCAUGCAACGCGGUCUUCGUUUCAAUCCAACCAGUGCCGUAAUGUGGCUCGAAUACAUGAAGCUCGAACUUAUCUAUGUCGCCCAGCUACUUGCUCGCCGUAAAGUCCUUGGCCUUGUCACAGAAGCCCAACAAAAACAUGACGAAUCACUCAACUCAAUCGACUCCACUCAAGAUAGUCUUACCUCCCAAAAAGAUGUCAUUGAAAUUCCAGACUCCCAUGACGCCGUUUUUGAACAAAAAGCUGCAAAGGAACUCAAAGCCCUUCCAGACGUCGAUGUCAACAUGCUUGGAGAUCCCUCAACAAACCCAGCGCUACGCGGUGACAUUGCUCUUCUUGUUUUUGACUCGGCUAUUCCAGCUCUCGUCACUUAUACCAAUGACUCCAAGGAAAAACAAAAAAUUCUUUUGGCCUUUGCCACCUCUGUUCUAGAUCUUCUCGUCGACUUUGCAAAAACAUCUCUCGAUGUUCGUUAUCUAGCCACUCAUGUCAUUAACUCUAUGGCUUCCUCCUCUACCUCUUCUUCAUCUUCAUACCCUCUCCCGGCUAUAGCCCUUUGGUCAACAAUCUUGCCCAUUCGUUACCUUUCCCCCACAGAUCCUACAUUUCCUGAUAGUCUGCGUGAGGUCCUCGACGCUUAUACAAAAACUUAUAUCCGUGGGGUAUACGCCAAAGCCCCCCAGUCGGUCCGCAUUGACUACGCCACUUCUCUUGCUUCAUAUCUUCAUGCUCGGUUUCUCUUAGAUCAAGAAAAUGACAGAGAAACAACUACUGAUGACGAGGGAGAAAACAAUAAGGAAUACGAAACAAUUGACAAUUCGAAAAGUGAGCUGGAACCUAACUUGAGACUCAUUGUGAAUAGUCUUGUCAAGAAGUGUGAAACUCAACAAUGA